UAUUGAUUGAUGUUCGUCACUAUGCCCUACUGAUAGCUCAAUUGCGUGUAUAUAAAUCAACGACUUCCGCUUGCAUUGAAUACCUCACAAAGCAGUGAAAUCAUCGCUCAGAGAGAAAAAGGGGGCCCAAAUUUGCUUGUUUUAGUGUGAGAAAGAGAAGAAAUGGAGAGCAAAGAGGAGGAUGUACGAGUGGGAGCCAACAAAUUCGCCGAGAGGCAGCCGAUUGGCACGGCUGCUCAAAGCCAGGACAAGGACUACAAGGAACCACCACCGGCGCCACUUUUCGAGCCGGGUGAGCUGUCCUCGUGGUCGUUCUACAGAGCUGGCAUAGCAGAGUUCAUAGCCACUUUCUUGUUCCUUUAUAUUACAGUUUUGACAGUGAUGGGAGUUAGUAAGUCUGAUUCCAAGUGCAAAACUGUUGGAAUCCAAGGUAUUGCUUGGGCAUUUGGUGGCAUGAUCUUUGCCCUUGUUUACUGCACUGCAGGAAUUUCAGGGGGGCAUAUAAAUCCGGCAGUGACUUUCGGGCUGUUUUUGGGGAGGAAAUUGUCGUUGACCCGGGCUGUGUUCUACAUGGUGAUGCAGUGUCUUGGAGCCAUAUGUGGUGCUGGUGUGGUUAAGGGAUUCGGAAAGACCCUGUACAUGACCAAGGGUGGUGGUGCUAAUGUAGUAGCCCACGGUUACACCAAGGGCGAUGGCCUAGGUGCUGAAAUAAUCGGAACUUUUGUGCUCGUUUACACUGUCUUCUCUGCUACUGAUGCCAAACGUAGCGCCAGAGACUCGCACGUUCCUAUAUUGGCCCCCUUGCCUAUUGGGUUUGCUGUGUUCUUGGUGCACUUGGCAACCAUCCCUAUUACCGGUACAGGUAUUAACCCCGCCAGGAGUCUUGGUGCAGCAAUCAUCUACAACAAAGACAAGGCAUGGGAUGAUCACUGGAUAUUCUGGGUUGGACCGUUCAUUGGGGCAGCACUUGCAGCUCUAUACCAUGUGGUGGUGAUCCGAGCCAUCCCAUUCAAAAAAUAAGCGAUGAGAUUAAAGCCUUCUCAAUUUGUGGCCAACUGAUUCAAGCCCAUGAUGGAAAUCGAAGGCUGAAUUUUAAUCUUCUGUUGUAUUUUCUAUUUUUUCUCUGUUUGGUUUGUAUGUAGAUGGUGACAUGCUCUUAGAAAAGGACUGAACUUUCAAAAGAUAAAAUCCAGACAGAGCAUGCUCAUGUGCUCAUAAAAAAAAGUGGGGACUGUGUCUGUAAUUUUCUGUGGCUGUGCAAUGAGAAGUUGUCUUAAUAAUCAAA